UUUGACUCUCAGGUUCACAGGGCUAUAUCUGAGAAGAAGCAGAUAGUUUUUACUGGCCAUUCUUUUGGAGGAGCCAUGGCAGUCCUCGCUACAGUCUGGCUCUUUGAGCUGCAUGCCAAAUCCGACAAUACCAGUCCAGUACUUCCGUUCUGUUUGACUUUCGGGUCUCCACUUGUUGGCGAUGAGGUCUUUCGCCAUUCUCUCCAACGGGAAGGGUGGUCGCGCCAUUUCUUUCAUUUUGUGAUGCCAUUAGAUAUUAUUCCACGAAUUACAUUAACCCCCCUGGCAUCUUUUAAAGAAGAACUUCAGAACUUUCUGCAAAUUUUAUGUUCUAAAUCUCUGCAUUUCAGCCUUGAUACCAUUGGUAACUCUCAGAUAGUGACAUUCUUCUACAGCACUGUAUUGAGAAAUUCAUAUUUGCUUUCCUGUCAUAGGGCCUGUUUAUCCAUGGGAUGUGCAAAAAACCCAUUGUUUGGGUCCUUAUCUGCAUUUGUCAAGCUUUCUCCCUACAGACCAUUUGGAACAUACUGUUUCUUCACCCGAAAUGGGCGACUGAUUAACUUUAAGAACUCGGAUGCUAUCUUACAUCUGUUGUUUUAUUGUCUUCAACUGAAUCCUGAAGAGGAAGCGACAGAGGUUGCUUACAGUAGUCUUAAGGAGCAUCUUCGGUAUGAUACGAAAGUGAAAGAGUUGUCAGAGCUGCAAAAUUUUGUUGAUGUGGAUUUCUUAGAGAAAAUUCCAUUAUCCAUUAAUGAUGCCCUCAGCAAUGACAAGCAGGCAUUUGGGGUAAAUUUUGAAGAGCUUGGACUGGUAACUAUUGCUUUCUCUAAUUGGUUAAGGUUAUAGCAUUGCUUGUUAAAAGGAUAGUGCCUAUUUUUUUUGGGUAAAUUUGCAUACCUAGCACACAAUUCUC